AUGGAGAGUGGUGAAGAUGAUCCUCCACCUGAAGUGGACCAAGCUCUGGUUAAAAUGGCGCAAGUCCUAAAUCAGAUGCAGCUAAACCAGGACAGAAUCAAUGGUGGCAAUGCACGUGUCACUAUUCAGGAGUUUCUCCAGCUCAACCCGCGCACUUUUGAUGUCACCGCAGAGCCAAUUGAUGCUGAUGAUUGGUUACGCGAGAUGAACAAGACUAUCAGUGUGGCACAUGUGGCUGAUGAGGACCGUGUUCCUUAUGUGACUUAUCUUCUUCGUGGAGUCUCAGCCGCAUGGUGGGACAAUCAUCUGCUGAUGAAAGCACCAGAUGCAGACAUUACCUGGGAUGAGUUUCAGCUACUCUUCAAGCGUCAUCACAUCCCUGACAGCAUCAUGGAGAGAAAGCGAGAAGAGUUCUGCAACCUUUCUCAAGGCAGCAACACUGUGCUGGCUUAUAGAGAUGCUUUCUUAAACCGGCUCGUUAUGCCUGGAGAUGAGGUAUCUACAGAUGCCAAAAAGCAAGCCAUGUUUCGCAAAGGCCUGAACCCAGAGAUCAAGUAUGCUAUACUCUUGGUCAAGUGCAAUACCUUCGAGGAGCUCGUUAACACAGCGCUCCAAGAAGAGUAUGGUCGUGCAAUGCUAGAAGAGUCUCGUAAGCGCUCUCGUGAAGCAGCUUCUUCCUCAGCAACUGCUAUGCCUCCUCGGAAACGUAGGAUUUGGGUUCCUUAUGCUGCUCCUGCACAACCCACCUACAUGCCUGAACCGAGUGGUUUUGUUUCCCACCCUCCCACCCCUGUUGUUGUUCCAAGGGGUUCUCAAGUUCAGCAAAGGCCUGGCAAUCAAGCUAAGCAAAGUCACAGUGUUGAUGCUCAGCAAACGCCUAGUUCUGAAGUUCUAGCAAGACCAAUGGGUCCUAAUUCUUCCUCAAGAGCAUGUUUCAAGUGCGGUGAUCCGGGACAUAUUUCAAUUCACUGUCCCCAAAACAAGCUUUCUCCAAAACAACCUUGCCCUCCAACAAAGGCGAUGGUUCGUGUUCCUGCUCCGUCAAAGGCUUUCAACUAUAACAAUAAGCCUGGUACGAGAAGUGUAUGGGUGAACAAUGUCACAGCUGUCCAAGCCAAAAGGGCACCUGACAUCGUGCUUGGUGUUCUUCCUGUGAACUCGAUCCCAGCAAAAGUUCUGUUUGAUACAGGAGCGGCACUUUCUUUCGUGUCUUCAAGUUUUGUUCAAAAGCAUGAGUUACCUAUGGUUCCACUGCCCAGUAACCUCAUGGUGAACUCCCCGGGAGCACAGAUGACAGUUUCCAAGAUAAGCCAUGGGAAUCAAAUUCUCAUCGGAAGCUGUAUGUUUCUUGCUUCACUCAUAGCUCUCGGCAAUUCAGACAUUGAUGUCAUUCUCGGCAUGGAUUGGUUGAAGGCCAACAAAGCUGUUAUUGAUUGUGCCAAGCAUUCAGUUUCCCUUCCUUCUUCGACAGGCCACAUAGUCUAUUCACCUUCUGAGACACCUUCCGUUCAGCUCUUCGCUUUGAAUCCUAGCUCUCUUCCGGAACUUGAGUCUAUACCGGUGGUUUGCGACUUUCCUGAUGUCUUUCCUGAAGAACUUCCGGGUAUGCCACCUGAUAGAGCUGUUGAGUUCGUCAUUGAACUAGAGCCUGGAACAGCUCCUAUCUCAAAGCGACCUUACAAGAUGGGUCCCAAUGGGUUGGCUGAACUCAAGAAGCAGCUUGACGAGUUGCAAAAACUUGGUUUCAUUCAGCCAAGCACUUCUCCAUGGGGAUGUCCUACCAUCUUCGUCAAGAAAAAGGAUAAAACUGAUCGGUUGGUGGUUGACUACCGUCCUCUCAAUGAGAAAACGAUCAAGAAUACAUAUCCUCUUCCUCGCAUCAAUGAACUCUUUGAUCAGCUUAUGGGUGCAAUCUGUGUUCUCUAA